UCAGUCCAGUCCACCUCCAGCCUUCGAGCAGUGCGAUGUGAUCUUAAAAACUAAUCAGUCUUCGUCCGCGCCACAAAACACCUAUCUAGCCCGAAGCCGUUUCAUUAUUGUCAACACGUUCGAUUAAUUCAUAAUGAUGCCCCUCUAGGAGUACCUUUAAAUGGCCAUGGUCGCGUUUUGGACCCGCGGAAUUCGCUGUUACGAAAUUCGUUUUUGACGUUCGAAUAUGUUCGGAAUUUUUUGUCACCAAUGGGCGAUUCCCUCAUAGAGCUUAGGGCCAUUCUGGUCAGCACGCUGUCGUCAGAGAAUGUGAGCAGUAAGGACCUGAGGAAGGUGCUUGGUGUCGCCGAUGCCUUUCGUAAAAAUCGCACGGUUGACAAAGAUGUGAGAUUAAAAAUCGUAAAAGAGAAGCAGAAUGAAGAGAGACAGAGGAAACUUGAAGAAAUUAAAGCACAAGCUUUCGCAGCACAACGAUUCAAAGAACAAAAAGAACAAGAACGUAGGCAGAGGCUGGAAGAAAUGAGGAUAAAAGAGGAGAUCAGGCGACAGCAGGUGGAGGAAAGGAAGAAGGCAAUAAAUGAAGCAGAACGAGAUAGGCUGGAAUCGAUAUUGAGGAGGAAUCAACAGCGAGAGAAUAGAUUAGAAACGAAAAGACGCAAUGAACGAAGUAGCCUGGUAUUCGCAUUUGGAUCUUCAACACCACGCAACCUGGACCCGAACGACCUGUCCUCGUCGUUCUGGGGACACAGACGUGCCACGUCAACGCAGAACAUAACAACAUACUCUAACAGCUCCCUGACAAGAAGGGGCACGGAGAGGGACAUAGAGAAUGGCACCAAAAAGCGGGCAACCUCUGCUGGCGGCCUGGAGAGGGCCGGAGAGAGUAGUCUACCAACAACGCCCGCCGGAUGCGCGAGUGGGUACCUAGGUCGUCGUAGAACAGAUCUAAUGCCCACAAUACCAUCUAGAGAUUCACUAAGUAAUUCGUCACGCAAGUCACUUAGUCACUCGCCAGGUAGGGCUUAUUCCAUGACACGAUUAGAUCAGCUUGCUAAACCCAGACAGCGGCCCGACCUGCCUGCUUUGAAUGAGUCCGAUUCCUCCUUUAGACCCCUAUCCCACCGUACCCACCACCAGUCUUCUGUUACACGUAGCAUGAGCCACCUGGCCGUCAGUAAGGCGCGUCAGCCUGUUCAGCUGCAACAGAGGAAAAGCCUGAACAAGUCGGAUAGCAGGAGCAUGGAUCAGUUGUCCUAUGGGCCUGUCAUAAUGCCCCGCACCACUAGGGCUUCGCAGCUGCGACAGGGCAAACUGCAGGCUUCGUCCAAUUCGAGCGAUGCAUCCUCUAGGCCGAGCAGUUCCAUGAGCCAUCAGAGCACAACCAGCGUGACCAGCUCGGUAAGUGUAAGACACCGUCCCUCGUCGGGUCCACGUAAGCCAAGACCUGCCAGCAUCGCCAUCACGGGCGUCUCGGCGAAUCAGGACAAAAAAUUGGACCUAACCAAGCCGCCAUUGCCCAAGAGGAAAUCUAUCACGAAAUCGACGGAGAAGGUUUCGAAGAGCAAGCCGUCGACCGGAGAAAAUACGCCUAAGCCCUUGGUCUCUCCUACUGCUACUGAGAUCAUUAGUGUAAUCGAGAGAAAGGUCAAUGGUGAGGCACAUAAAAAGCCGCCGGAUGCUGCGCAAGCCCCAGAAGCGCAACAUACCGCCGAGGCCGCCUCUGUGGAACCCAGGCCAGCACAGGAAGUGGCUACAGAUGAUCUUCUGAAUCUCGAUUCUGAUAAGAACGUGUCUGCACCAGCACAACAGACAGAAAUUGAAAUCAAAACGUCCAUUCCUCUAGAAAAUAUAACUGAAACCGAUUCAAAUGGUACUCAAGCGCAGACGGUCGAGACUAAUGUAAAUAAAAGUGAAAACCUACCUCAAGUUGUCGAUACCAAAGUCACAGAUAACAAAAUAGCUUCGGAAAAAACAGUUAAUAAUGUAGACGCAACAUUAACGACUAGCUUAGUUGAAAAUAGGGAAACGACAGUUACGCAAAGCAAGGAGAUGACUUCUUCGGUCAAUAACGAAUUAAGCAUCAACAAAGAUAUGUCAUCCUCGCAAAUAAGCAAUGAAAUGACAGCGUCCCAAAUCAAAGCGAUCAUAAGUACGGAAGAAGAAGCUAAAGCAGCAAUUGCCGAAAGAAGACGAUUGGCUAAGGAGGAAGCAGCAAGACGAGCCGAGCAAGAAAGGCUCAGGGUUGAAGCGGAGCAAAAGGCUGAAUUAGAAAGGCAGAGGCAAGAAGAGGAACAAGUGAGGUUGCUGAUUGAGGCUCAAAGGGCAGCGGAGGAACAGCGUCUGAAUGAGGCUAUACAAGAAGCGAAAAGGAGGGAAGAGGAGGAACAAAGACGCAAAGAAGAAGAAGCACGAUUGAAGGCUUUGAGAGAAGAAGCUGAUAGAAAAGCGAGGUUGGAGGCGGAAAAGCAAAAGGCUGAACAGCAAGAGCGAUUAAUCAAAGAAGAAAAAGAAAGGGAAGCUCGUAGGAAACGUGUCGAAGCAAUCAUGUUGAGAACAAGGGGCAAACAAAACACAAACAGUCAGCAGAAUUCUGAGGAGUCUAGUGAGAAUAAGUCUGAAAAUAAAGUAAAUGGUACUAAACCCUUGAUAGAAGAACAGAAUGGACCUAAUGUCGUCAAGGAAGAGAGAGUAGAUAAUAUAAUACAGGAAGACGCAGUGAAAAAUGCAAAUUCAGUUUCAAUAGAGACAAUAAAUAACAGCACAGAUUCGAUGAAUUCGAAUAAUCUGUGGCAGUCUACUACCCAACCGUACGGUAAUUUUGUCUUAAAUAAUAACAGUUAAAUUAUUAUCCCCCUAAUAUUAUUUCUUUAUGAAAUUCCCUAGUAAUCACAAUUUUAAUGAUAGAGAUUGCCCUUUAAGUUUCUUAAGAGGAGUGAAAUCAUAGUAGUAAGUCGGUACAAUAAUAUAAUAAUUCAAUAUUCAUGAACUAAUUUGCAAAAAAUUCAUUGAAUAUCCUGAAUUACUAUAUUUCCUGUCCUUCUUCACUUCUCUUUAGAAUUGAAUUUUUUAAAGCAAUUAUUUAACCUCAUCCUUUUUUCUAUCAUUUAUCAAAGACUAGUAAUAAUAUAGAUAAUUAUAGAUUGUUUUUCUGUAUAAAUUCGUGAAAUUCGGUGUAAAUAUAUCUUCCAUUAGAUUUUUUUGUUAUUUGGACAUGCAGUUGGCAAUUUCAUUUUAAAUAAUUUAGUAUUGAUUAUAUUUUGUGAAUAUUAGGCAACUCGAUAAUUAAUUCAAUAUCCUGUUAUUAAUGCUAGCUAAGCGACUGAAAUAUAGUGUUCCAUCUGAUUGCAAAACGAAUGCUCCUCGGGACAAUGCUUUAUUUAUCACUCGAAAAUUAUUUAUUUUUUUAUGCCCGCAUAUCGAAAUGUUCGCUUUUUCUCUGAAGAAUACGAGCUUAAAAAGUUAAACAACUGAGGCAUUUGAUUUUUACUUAUUCCAUUUGAAUCAUGAAUUUGUACUAGUCAUCUUUUUCAUUAUUAUAACAUGAAAAUUAUACGGCAGUUUAAUGAAGACAUUUUGUAAACAGUUAGGUAUAUUUAUAUCUAAGUACGAAUUUUUUUUUGAAGAUCCAUAAAUCAAUGUGGAGCAUUUUCAGCUAACAAUAAGAUAUCAAAAAAUAUACUUGAAGAAUCAAUUACAUAAGUAUAUGUAAAUGUAUAGUUCAUUAAUGUAAUUCAAUACUCAAAUUAAUGUCCUUGUCCAUCAGUAAUUUCGAUGGUGAGUCAAGAAUUAGUGAAUUGUUUGUCGGAAAAGGAUUUGAGUAUAUUGAAAGAGGAGAAAUGAUAAUAUUACUGCCUGUAUUUAUUAUUGAUUGAAUCAUUCAAUUCACAUAUCACAAUUUGUUUGAUAUAACUAUGAAAAUCAUCUAGCAUCGUACGAAGUCCUAUGGGUAUCCUUCUUAUCAUAUUUUAAAGGAUAAUAAAUAUACUAUAAACGAUUUUCUGAACGUAUUCAAUAAAUUUUGAUAUUUUGUCGUUUUAGAGAAUCUUAAUUUGAGUAUUGAACCUAGAUUGAAAAUUUUCAAAACAAUUUAAAUAACUAUCAAGUAUGAAAAGGUAUAAAAUUUUAAACAAGUGACGAAAUCUCUUGUCAGAAUUAGGUGCUGAAAACUAGAAUUAUUAUACAAUUUUAAAUGAAAAGUUUUUAAUCGUAUGGAAAACAAUUGAAUAAAUUCAACAAAAUAUAUUUAUCUAUUUCAACUUCCGCUAUUCGUAAAAAAAAGUAUGAUCUUUCACUGAAUUGGGACAUUUCAUUGGUUGAUGAUAAUUUUUAGUGAAGUAAUUGUGUGUGGUUUAUGCGAACCCUUCACUAAUGUCAAUAAUACUAUAUCCAGUAAUUUAUACUUGGUUAUUUACAAUCCUGUAAAAUGCUUGUUAAGUGCUUAAUAAAUGUAAACUUAUUUAUGAAA